AUGGAUGAAGGAGCCAAGCCUGGUCUUCCAUGUACCACCUGGGAUAGCCCUAGAGACCCUCAAGAAUUGUCGGGAAUUUCGCUGAUGAUCUUCACCUCCAGCAGGAAAGAGAGCAUUGUACACGUCAGAUGCAACGACAACAAUAAGAACUCAGGAAUUGAUAUAUGCAGAAUGACAGCAAGAAGGGAAUUCAGACGAGCCAGUAAACCCACAUGGGUAACAGAAACAGAAAAAUUCAAAAUUGCUGAAGAGAUGCUAGAAAUCCUUUGGCAACUUCUACUUUUCAGGAGAAAACGCUACUGUCAGGCAGACAUGGAAGAAUCAUGUGGUCACGCUGGCCAAGUGCUGCAGUUCUGGGUGGUCAUGCUGGCCAUGCGCGGCCACCACCCCGUGGAAAAUUUGCUGGACGUGGACAUGAACCCCUGGAGGCCCCAGAACUACCUGUAUGGCUAUGAGCUAAAGGCAGGCAAGGAUUAUAAUUUUAAAGCGGAUAAUGAUGAAAAUAAGCACCAGCCGUCUUUGAGGACGGUGAGCCUGGGGGCUGGCGCGAAGGACGAGUUGCACGUCGUUGAAGCAGAAGCCACGAAUUAUGAAGGCCAACGGAUUAAAGCGACACUGGCAACUUUGAAAAGGUCCAUGCAGCCAACGGUUUCCCUGGGAGCCUUCGAGAUCAGACCCCCGCUCGUCCUGCGCUUGAAGUGCGGCUCCGGGCCUGUGCAUGUCUCUGGGCAGCACUUGGUCCCCGUGGAGGAAGACGCGGAGUCCGAAGACGACAAGGACGACGACGUGAGGCUCUUGGGCACAUCUGGAAAACGUUCUGCUCCGACGAGCGGCAGCAAGGUUCCACAGAAAAAGGUAAAACUGGCGGCAGAUGAGGACACUGACGACGACGAGGACGACGGCGACAACGCCAGCGACGAAGGUGAGGACGACGAAGGCAGAGACGACGACAGCUACGACGCAGAUGAAGGCGGAGAAGGCGGCUACUAA